GUUGUUUUAAAAAAAUGUCAAUUGUACAUUGUUAAAAAACAAAGAAAAAUACUUCUCUCAGACUUCUCUCUGCUCCAAAUGCCUCUAUCUGCACUUUGUAGUAGUUUUUCCAUUUUCUUAACACUGAGUGCAAUAAAACAUAACAUUUUAAAAGCUCGUAAAAUCAAUGGAACAUUUCCUUAUCGGUCAGGUGGGAGGUGGAGCAGUUGGUCAGCUGGUGUUCUUUUCUAUAACAAUGAUGUUAAUAGAUGAUGGAAUAAGUUCCUCCAGGCAGAUAUCACUAACUUUCAAGGAAGUACCAUAUGUUUCUCUUCAGCAUGUGAAAACACAAGAAAUGAUGACCAAACUGUCAGUGUCCUUUUUGUGUCUGGGUGUUGAAAAAGUUUGAAGGUUUUCUGAAAAGAGGAAGGAAGAGUAGAUGCAAAGUUUUACAUUUUAAAUGCACUCAUCGUCUCUUUCUUUAUUUAGUAGUGAUUAUAUGUGAGGUAGAAAACACAGGAAGUGCUGGGACAUUAACACACACCUCUGCUCUGUCAGUCAGUUAUUAGAAGGUUGGGAUGGAACUCAGUCAACUCCCUGUAAUACUCUGUGAGUGAAUGUUCUCUUUGUGUCUCUGCAGAGUGAAUGGUGAGGUAUCAAGUUGUUGUGGGUUAUAAAGUUGUUCAUGUGCAGUCUGAAUGUUCUGAGACAUGGUAGUUUAGAUUUUGUGACUACAGAUGAAUCAUGUGAGUUUGAUACAAUGUGCUGUUUCCAUGAAUAUACUGAAUCUUUUUCAUGUUUACAUUUUGUUCUCUGUUUCUGUUCUCUUUUCAGUGUUGGUUUCACUUUUACCAGUGACUCACGCUCAAGCUAAACCCAAACCGACUAUCAGAGUGAAUCCUCAGAGCUCCAUCUACACUGGAGACACCAUCACACUGAGCUGUGAGCUGCAGGAGAUGACUGCAUGGGAGUUUCUCUAUUAUUAUAGUAAUCAGCAAACAAAGUUGAAACCAGCAAACUCAUUUAAAGUGACAGUUAAUAAUACAGGAGAAACAGUGUUCUGGUGUCGUGCACGCACAAGAAAAUACUUCAACUACUACGACUACUACAACAACUACUACUACUACACAGAGUACAGUGAUCCUGUUCAGAUUACAGUAAAAGAGAGACCAUUAGUACUGAGUGGAUCUCCACAGAACUGGCUGACUGAAGGAGACUCAGUGACUCUAAGCUGUGAGGUUACAAACUCCUCUACAGACUGGACAUUCAGCUGGUACACAGUUGUUCCCUACAGAGACGGUGUAACUGCAAUACAAAAUACUCAUGGCUUUAUCAUGUAUGUGGAGCUUCUCUCAGACAGCAGCAGAGGAUCUGGAGGCUCCUACACUCUCAGUCCUUCUGCUCUUCAUCACACAGGAGUUUAUGUGUGUAGAGGAGAGAGAGGAGAACCAGCCUUUCACACACUGUACAGCAAUCCACAGCCUCUAUGGAUCUCUGGUGAAUCUCCUCCAGUGUCUCUGAUCAUUAGUCCCAGCAGAACUCAACACUUUACUCGUGACUCUCUCUCACUGAGCUGUGAGGACCAGAGUAACUCUACUGGAUGGACAGUGAGACGAUACACAGACAGUGAAGGAGUGUUAGAUUGUUCACAGUGGGGAUCAGUUACAGGAUCUACAUGUUACAUCAGCUUCCUCUCCACAAACUACACUGGAGUUUACUGGUGUGAGUCUGAAUCUGGAGAAAACAGUAAUCCUGUCAACAUCACAGUUCAUGAUGGUGAUAUGAUUCUGGAGAGUUCUGUCCAUCCUGUGACUGAGGGACAUCCUCUGACUCUACACUGUUUAUAUCGUAACACAAAUCCCUCAAACCUCCGAGCUGAUUUCUAUAAAGAUGGAUCAGUCGUCCAGAACCAGACUACAGGAGAGAUGAUCAUCUAUAAUGUCUCAAAAUCAGAUGAAGGUUUCUACCACUGUAAACACCCAGAGAGAGGAGAGUCACCGAGAAGCUGGAUCUCAGUCAGACAUUAUACACCCAGUGGUGGAUCAGUAGGAGUGACUGUUGGACUGAUUUUGGUCUUUUUGUUCAUUGUUUUGGUGAUUUUAAUGAUUCUGCUGUGGUUCUACAAAAUGAAGAAAAAAAAACAGCAGAAAUCCAAUCAGGAAUCUCAGUCAGGACACAAACUACUUCAGACUGGAAAUGAAAACCUUUAUGCCGCUGUGGAUCAGGCAGAUACGAGUGGAACAGAUGAAGCUGCAGCUGGAAGCAGUGAAGCCAUUUACGCACAGGUCAUGAAGAAAAAGAAGGCAAAGAAGAACAAUGGUACUGAUGCUGAACUCGGCAUGAAUGAUGUGACUUAUGCUGAGAUUCAACUAAAACCCAUGAAAAAAGAGAAGAAAGCACAAGAAAAGACCAGUGUGGGUGAUGAUACUGUUUACUCAGAACUGCAUCAGAACAUGAAGUGAUCCAUGUGUCUGUCUACACUGAUGAAGCUACAGAGAUCAAACUGAUAGAUGGAAAACUCUGAGAUUGUGUUUGUUGUCUGUUUUUUACUUUAAAUUUUCUGCUGUUAAACCAAACUGCUUUGAUUUAAACCUAAUGAUACCUGGUGGCUUUUGCUGAGAACUUGCUUGCAUCAACCAUCACACCAUUCCAGAGAGACACAACAUCAGGAUUUCACUGGAUGUGUGUUAAUAACAGAAAUUCAUUCCCUGGAAGUCAUUCUGAAGUUUUUAUUGAUCAACCACCCCACCAACUGGUUUCCUUGCCCUUAUCACUUUAACAUUCCCAGAGAAUAGGACCUGCCUAAGAGGCUCUACUGACUGGAGAAGUUCUUCACUCAGAUGCUCCUUGUUGUGUGGAGCCCAACACCAGAAAUCCAAACAUGGAGGUUGAACAAAUAUUACUGGAGGAAUUCUUUACCUUAUCUUUGUACCAGAUAUGCAAUUGUACGGUUGCUUAUACAGUAUCUGGACUUCCAGUUGGGUCAUGGAAAGGAGCAUCUGGGAACCAUUUGAUCCAUAAUAGUGGAAUGAGCUGAACUGUUCAGUGCAGCAGAAAUAAUAAACAAUGUUUGGCUGGAUUCAGUUUCAUAGUUAUGCAAAAUGAAAGACUGAAUUACAUUUAUAAAUGUUUGAAUGAACAGAUAUGUUUUUAAAUCCAGGAUAUUAUUUUGAAGCGUAACUUUUUUCACUGUCCUCAUUUGUCUAUUUAUGAAUCUAUUGCAAUUUAUACAUGAAAUAAAA